AUGGAAGACGGGACGACCGUUAGCGGAAAUGAACAUUUGGAUCUGAAGGGAUUUUACAGGACAAGUACUUUGAUGUCGUUAACGAACGCAGCUGCAUGCCGCACAUUUUGGGUCGUCAAGACGUCGGCCAGAUCAGCUUCAAUGCCAGCUGCGACCAUACUGAAGCCUCCUCAGACGGACAAGGUACCGCCGAGCCCAGAAGAGUACAACCAUUUAGAUCCAAAAGGAUGGCAAAUGGGAGUUGGAGGGAAAAUUCUGCCUCGGCUGCCUGAAGGAGCCAAAGUUGGAAGCCUAGUUAUGGGGAAGUAUGGACUUUAUCAUCCCGAAAGACGCAGACAAGCUUUAUUGUUUAGGGAAGCAAUUGAAAAAGGAGGUAAGGCGCAAAGUGCCCGCCCGAUCGACUUAUUUUUCCUACGUAUUCAGUGUUGCUUAGCAGUGGUAUCAUUUGCGUGUACUGUAUGGUGUGUGACAUGUCUUGUGCAUGGAGCACCUAUUUGGCCGUUCGAGCAUCAUAAAGUGCCUGGAACGAAUUAA